CACAGCGCCUCGCUGGCCUCUUCCUCUGCUGAGGAGGAGAGCGGCGGGGGCAGCUCGGUGGCGCUGGAUCCCCUGGAGCACGCCUGGAUGCUGUCGGCUGCAGAUGGCAGGUGGGAGAGCCUGGAGGGACUGCUCAGCUGCGAACCAGGGUUGCUCUCCAAGAGGGACUUCAUCACGGGUUUCACUUGCCUGCACUGGGCUGCCAAGCAUGGGCGCCAGGAGCUGCUUGCCAUGCUUGUCAACUUUGCUCACAAGCACCAGCUGCCCAUCAAUAUCAAUGCCCGCACCAAGGGUUGGUACACAGCACUACAUCUAGCCGCCAUGCAUGGCCAUCUGGAAGUGGUCAAGCUGCUUGUGGGGGCCUAUGAUGCAGAUGUGGAUGUGAGGGACUACAGUGGGCGAAAGGCCUCCCAGUACCUGAGCCAAAGCACCACGGAAGAGAUGCGGAGCCUGGUGGGAGCCCUCCAAGAGGAGGGUGAAGGUGCCACGAAUAAUGGGAGUGGCCGCUGGAGACUCUCCAAGGUGCUCCCCUCCAACCUCAUUGCCUACAAACUCUCCCACCACCUCCAUGGGCCUGGUGAGGAGACUGAGUUGGGUGAGGGGGCAGCGGCCUUUGGCAAGGGUAAGGAGAUGAGCAGGAAAGCCUCAAAUAGUGGUAGGAUGAAACCUCGGCUUAACAAAAUCCGAUUCCGCACCCAGAUCAUUCACACCACCCCCUCUCUCCGUGCGGAGACUGAAGAAGAAGAGCAGGAGGACAAGUCACUGAAAACAUCCUUCAAACUCAGACCCAAAUCCAAUGUCUUUGGAUAAAGUGGGGAGACAGGCAGGGCACCUAAUUAGGGGUGUAACAUGCUCCUGAACCCAUUGAGCAUGUAGUGCAGAAAAGGGGAGGUGCAUGCAGGCCUAUGUGAACGGCAGCCCCUCAUCCAGACUUAUGCAUUCCUCAGGAGAUAAAGCUAAAUAUCUUGUUUAACUUCUGAAUUUCAUUAAGUGUACAGUAGGGCUGCAGGGCUCUUGGGAUUUAGCAAUUUCCAGGAAAUAGCUGCUUCAAGCCAAGCAAUGGAGGCUUCCCAUACUUAAGAGCUGUUUCCUUGCAAGUACAGCUGGGGUAGUAGGUCUGUAAAGAAGUGUUGAGUAUGUAAAAUUGGUGGGCCUCCUUUUUCUUUUUCUUUUUUUUUUUUUUUUAAAGAAGCUAGACCUCAGGGUCUGGAAACCUAGUACACUCUUAUUUUGGUUUUUAAAGUGUGAUGGAGGGGGAAAAAGGGUGGGGAGAGAAUCUAAAACUUUACAUUUUGAUACUAGAUUAUCAACCAGUACUACAUACUGCUCUUCAUGGACAGCUAUUUCAGGAUUUCUUGAAUACGUUCAUGUGUUUUUAAAGUCUUUUUUUUCCAAAAGGCAAUACUACGUGACAAAGUAGCAUUAGGUACAAAAGGUCAAAAGUGCUCUGCUGACUGUCAGGAUUUUUUGUAGAUAUUUGAGCUCUAAUCCUCAGACUUAAGAUCAGUCUUAACUUUACCUAUUCAAAUCAUAGAAUUCAAAUUCUCAAGUCAAUGGGAUGUCUUACAAAGGAUAUAGUUAAGCAUGAUGUAAGUCUUUGCUUAAUUGAGGUACUACUGAACUCUUAAGUGGUGGAAUGCUAAUGCUGAAUACAGUAGUGUGGUGGAAGGUCUUUAACUUUUAUAUGUUGAAUAACUGCUAAUUAAGUUCUGUAUCAAAGCAAUUCUACUUUUAUAAUCACUGUGAAUUCUCAAAUACUAUGUCUAGUAUCAUUUGAGUUAUUAAUGUUUGGUUUAGCUUGCUAACCCUAACUGGAUUAAUAGCAACACUUUUACUGUUGAUAUAGUCUCUAUUCAAAACGAGGUAACUAUACUAUACAUCUCAUCCAAGAAGAGAACUUUUCCUUAAAGUAUAGAUGGUGUAGCAUAAUAUCUUCAUGCAACUAAUGAGAUAUUGAAAAUUCAGUGGUGCUGUUCAGUGCAUUUUUAAUUGUCCUCUAUCUUCCAGCUUCUGCAGAGUCGUAGAUACACAAAUCUACGACCCAGAAACUCUUUUCUAAGGCCACCUCUGUCCCAGUUUGUUCUGGACAUUGAGUAAAAAUACACAUUUCACCUAAAACAAAUCUCUGUAUCUUGAAACUUCAAAAUCCUUCAUCUCUUUAGAAAGAUACUACUGGAAACUCAAAAUAAUAUCCUUUUCCUCAAAAAGAGGCAUUGGGCUGGUCCUACAUCUAGAAUGCAGCUGGCUACUGGAAAAAAAAUGUGCAUAAAUGUCAAACAUUUUCAUUGGCAGUAUUUUAAGUUAACCUUUCUUGUAAUGUAUGUACUUAUUUAUAAAAUCUUACCCAAAAGUAUAUGACUUUAGAAAUGCAUACAAUCUAAAUCUGAAGCACUAGUUAAAUGCAUGCGGCAAGGACUAGGCAUCUGUAUAAUGGGAGAGCUGUUUCUGAGGGAUCUGUGCUUUCUCUUGUGUUGACAGCUUUCUUAUUUUGAUGGCUCCAAUGCGGGGGAGAGGACUUUCCCACAGAUUUUUCAAUUUUUGUAUGACUGACCUAUGUAUGAUAGUCACAUAAGUAAACAAUUAAUCCUAUGCCAAAUUAUUAUUAGAAAAACUGACCUUGGCGAGCAGUCUAAUCAGUUUUACUCAUUAUUUAGGUUUAGGUCAUUGUUUUUGUGCAAAAACACUAAAAAUCAUGGAGGUAUUAAUUUUAUAAUUUAUAAGAUAUAAUAUAAAAUUCCAUGUGUCUACAGUUUUGGUUGUAUACUACACGCAUGGGUAUAUUCUGUCCUAAAAAGCACUUUCAUUCAUCUCUGUAUGGGGCAGGGCUAACAAGCUCCCCUCAGUACUUUCUGCUAGUAUAUGAUUUGGUGCAACAAGAAUUAGGUGUUUCAAAGGUGGGGCGCACACUUGAGAACUAGGUACUUGCACCUUAAACAUUCUGCAGUGCAGAAAUAAAAUCUUUAUACUAGAUUUUCUGUAAAACGAACAGAAGGCUUAUUACUUCUACGGGCUUCUAGCUUGAGGCUCCUUGAGUACUAUAUUUUUUAAGUUGGCACACAUUUCAUGCUACUGCUACCUGUUUCCAGAUUUUGACUCUAUUAACCAUUAGUGUAGCAACUAUGAAUCCUUGUGUAUCUUUCAUCAUUUUGAGUGAGUCAGGUGUUAGGUUUUUCAAGUGUAAAUCUGAAAACUGCACAAAUAUAGAAUCUUGAUUUUUUUUGUACUCAAUUUGUGAAGGGGGAAAUAGUUUGGCACAAAUAGUUGGAAAUAGGACUACUGUACUCUUCAAAUUGUGUUCUAAGUUAUCGAUUAAAAUUUCUUAGUAAUACCUGCAAAAAAAAAAUCUUCAUUACUUCACAACUGAUAAAACCAGUAAAAAUUAUUGGAAUUUGCAAUUGGUAAAUGUGCAUCACAGUUUAGUUUUAAUUUUAUACUACAUACCACUCUAGUAAAUACUUUUUUUAGACAUAUUACAGAUAAGCCUUAGUAGUAUAGACUGCCCAUAGCACUAGAAAAUCUGAGUUGUGAAAGCAUAAACUAUGGUGAAUUCAAGUACAAAGGUAGCUAGGUUUUGCUGUAGUAACUCCAAAUGGCUAUCUAAUCAAAUUUCUGCUUGUGCUAUGGGACUAAAAGAUUUUUUUUUUUUAAACCCUCAACCUUUUAUAUUCCACUGUGUUUAUUGAGCUAAAACGAGUUUCUCUGUGGGGUAGGAGAUUAUUCUUGAUGCUGUGUUUCAGGAUAUUCAUAGUCUAUCGGUACUCUUAAAAUUUAUGUAAAUUAAUUAGCAAAUAUGUUGCCAAGCAAUACAUGAAUUGAAUUAAAAUUUGUAUGGUACAAAACUGGGGUACUUACUAGUGGGGUUUAUUAUGGUACACUUGAAAUAUUGAAUGUUUAUCUGUUGUUCAGUUAUGAUAGUGUGAUAACAAACCUGUAACUUAACCACUUGAUCACUUUUAAUGCAUCUUUGCCUGAAAUAUUGGAGGCCUGGAUGUCAGUCAGUUUAAUACAAGGUGGGUUUUUUUUAUGGGUGUCUAUCUGAAUGGAUAUUUGAGCUAAGAAUUUGCAGAACAUUAAACUUUCAUUUUACUGAAAUGUAAA